UUCCUUCUGCGCCCAGGGAACCUGCCAGUGAAGAUGCAGAGAAAUCGCUCCAGGGCUGAUUGAGAACAGAGCUGGUGCGAGUGGCCAUGGAGGUCCUGAGGGCCAGGGGCAAGAAGGGCCUGGGAGACAAACUACUCCAGAGGGCAAGGACAGAGGAAAAGGCAGUGCCUCCCAGACGCAAACUGGCCACACUGACCCCGGAGAAGCCAACGCAGGAGAGGCUGUCCCGAGCUGUGCUGGAAAACCCUGGCUUCUCCCCAAUUGGACUUAUUUUGAUCUCUUCUACAUUUACAUUUAUUCCAAUCUACUCGCUGGUGCUGCUGUAUUGGGCAUUCGGGGCCGCAGACAGAACUCUCCACCUCUACCUGAUCCCCAAGAACCGUUCAGUAGAAAAGGCAACUGAAGAACAUGAGAAAUACCAGUCAAUUUCUGUGGACAAGCCGCCUCACUUUGGAACUCGUCAUGGUGUGCCAGGUGUACCGGAUGCCGCGAUAAAUCCAUCGGAUUUGAAAUUUACCUACAUAGGGCCUGAGAGCCGGAAGCCCUACACCAGGGACAUGGAAGAACGAAUGCAGCUCAGCUUGACAAAGCAAAAAUACUGCACAGGUGAUAGAGAAAGUGGACCUCUCCGGAUUGCCUCUCUGAGAGCAGGCACAAGCACAGGGAAAACAACACAAGAUCUCCUGGUAAACAGCUUGGAUGACUUGGGAGAGAGCGAGUUGAAGAACUUCAAGCGCAAACUGACUGACAUUGCUCUGAAGGAGGGAUACAACCACAUCCCUAAAGGGAAACUGGAGAAUGCAACAUCUCUAGAGAUCACUGACCUCUUGAUUGGACACUACACAAUGGAUUAUGCGCUGGAGGUGACCACAACAGUGCUGGAAGCCAUCAACCAGAAAGACCUGGCAAGGAGAUUAAGAAGCAUAACAAGGACUGGCACACGCACAGGGAAAACAACACGAGAUCUCCUGGUCAACACCUUGGAUGACUUGGGGGAGAGCGAGUUGAAGAACUUCAAGCGCAAACUGACUGACAUUGAUCUGAAGGAGGGAUACGACCACAUCCCUAAAGGGAAACUGGAGAAUGCAAUGUCUCUAGAGAUCACUGACCUCUUGAUCAGAUACUACACAAUGGAUUAUGCGCUGGAGGUGACCACAACAGUGCUGGAAGCCAUCAACCGGAAAGACCUGGCAAGGAGAUUAAGAAGCGUAACAAGGACUGGUCAGGAAUCAGCCUGGCUGUGCCUCCCUGUACCUCUAGGUGUUAUUCACAAAUACCCAUAUUCACCACUGCUAUAUAAUUACGAUAAGUUUUGUACAAUGCAUGUCUUGCAAAAUAUUUUAAAAGUCUUGCUCUCUUGAACAUUAAUAUCCUGUUGGAUUGUGUAUGUUCUCAUGUGAUGUGAAGUUUUGCUAUGUGUCUGUUACUGAAAUAUAUUGUGAGGUUGGGAACACCCCAACCAGCCUUUCAGGUACAACAGUGGAGAAGCCAGACAGUGGUUAAUGAUUCAUCCACACCUAUCAAGGAAAGUGCGCCCGCGUACUGGCCGAUUUUCGGCGGUAUUUCAGCGGCAACACCUAUUGACAUUGCUGCUUGUCGGUGGAAUUUCGGCGGAUCGUCCACCGCCAUGGUCCUCCGUGCUCGUUGUCUGGCACCUGCCCGACGAAAAAGGUUGGGGACCACUGGUCUAGAGGCCAAAGACGUUGAACUGGGGAAGGGUGGUCUCAGGCUGGAAAAGAGUCCCAGCCUGUGUAUUGAGGAUCUGUGACCUGUUUGUACCAUCCUUCAGGGUGAGACACUGCUUGAUUCAAAUCCUAUUUAGUUUGUAGAACUCAGAGUGUGAAUAUCUUUUUAUUUCUUAAGUAACCAACUUUGAUCAUUACACUUGCUACUUAUAAUCACUUAAAAUCUACCCUUUUGUAAUCAAUAAACCUGUUUUAUAU